AUGACAGCUGCGAUCCUGUACCGGGGAAAGUGCGGUCUCACCAGAGGAAUCACCCGUUACAUGGUUGCGAUGGCAAUGGCCGAUCUGCUCGUGGUCAUCUUACAGGUGUUGCUCAAAGAAGUCUAUAUCCCCUACACCUAUAAUUCCUUCCUCUCCCGCUUCACGAUGUGCCCUUCAUAUGUUUACCUGCGCAUCCUCGCCCUGGACUGUUCCGUCUGGUUAACCGUAUCCUUCACCUUUGACCGUUUUGUCAGCAUUUGCUGCCCGAAGCUGAGACUCGUCUAUUGCACGAAUAGGACGGCCGCCGUAGUAAUUGCGUCCAUGUGCGCGCUGAGCUGCUUAAAGUACAUCCCCUUUCACUUCAUGUACGAGCCACACUUCACCAUGGAGAAUGUGAAUUGGGGAUGCCGGCACAAAGACGCCUAUUUCACCUCCAUCUGGUGGAUGUUGUUUUCUUGGAUGUGUAACCUGUCAUUAUCCUUCCUCCCAAUCAUUCUAAUCCUGAUUCUGAAUGGGCUGACAGUCAGGAAUAUCGUAGCAGCGAGCAGGAUCCGCCGGCGACUGAAAUCACUGGAUGGUAAGGACACUGAGGUGGCGAAUCGACACAAUGCAAUCGUGUUGCUCUUCACCGUGUCCGGCACCUACAUAUUACUCUGGACGACAGGGGCAGUAACUUUCAUAUUUACGCGAAUUACAAUCAAUUUUGUGGCCUCUGAUCUCACAAGCCCAUCGACCAUCGCAAAUGAGGUGGGAACAUUACUCAUUCGUCUCAGUUGUUGCUCCAACACCUGUAUUUACGCAAUGACCCAAAGCAAGUUCAGAGAGGAGGUGAAGAACGGGAUUAAGGUUCUAACUCGUUUCAUCGGUAACCCAGUAAAACUGGCGAGGCAGUGA